GGGGGAGCAUCAUAUUCUGUUCUUCGUGCUUAGCGAAGAAGGAAAUGAUACUUAUAUGGUAAGGAAGCAUUUGUAUAAGUUACGCGCAGACUCGAUAGGCGAAGAGUAUAUGACAUGAGAGUGCGGUUCUUCUUCUACUUCGCAUAUUUUCUGAUUGCUCUCGUUUUCUUCCCGUCGGUAACUUUACAGUCCUAUUCCGGCGGUCACCGGCAAGAGGCGACAGGCUUUUGCGGCGAGGAAGGGGAGAGAGAAGAUAACCUGAUUCGAAUGGCUACUACGACCCUGGGAGGAAUUAGCGAUUCCGCCUCGGCGGAGAACAGCGUCGAGAUCGAAAGCCUCGCGCGAUUCGCCGUUGAAGAGCAUAACAAGAAGGAGAAUGCGAUGAUUGAGUUUGUGAGAGUGGUGAAUGCAGAGGAGCAAGUUGUUGCUGGGAAAUUACACCAUCUUACUCUUGAAGUGAUUGACGCUGGAAAGAGGAAACUAUACGAGGCUAAGGUCUGGCUUAAACCCUGGAUGAACUUCAAGGAACUACAAGGAUUUAAUCAUAUUGAAGAUAUUCCCACCUUAACUUCAUCUGAUCUGGGUGCCAAGAGAGACUGCCCAAACACAGGUCUGAAAUCAGUUCCAGUCAAUGAUCCAGUUGUCCAAGAAGCUGCACAGCAUGCAGUUAAGACUAUCCAGCAAAGAUCCAAUUCACUACUUCCUUAUGAGCUUCAAGAGAUAGUUCAUGCUAAUGCUGAGGUUAUUGAUGAUUCUGCAAAGGUUCAUAUGCUUAUCAAAACGAAGAGGGGAGAGAAAGAGGAGAAGUUCAGCGUUGAAGUGCACAAGAACAAUGAAGGUGCUUUCCUCUUGAAUCAUAUGGCACCAGCCAACUCCUAACUACCUUGUUAACUUGAGAAAUGAAGAGUAUGGACCCAUCAAUCGUAUAUCUUUUCUGUUCAGUAAUUCUGGAGCCUAUGUAUGCUGCCAAUGUUCCGUUGUUAUGUUCUCUGUAUGAAUGUAUGAAUGUAUCUAAGACCAAUACUUGUGUGUUUGUGUUUAUCUGAUGAUGCUCAUCAAAAAAUAUUUGCGGACAA